UUGCUGCAGGUCCAGGUUUACGCACAGCCAGCAGCUGAGCGCAACGAGGACGCGCGCGCGGCUUUAUCCUGUGACUGAAAGCGUCUCAACUUCAUUCACCCCGGAGACCACAGGGAGGUGACGGCUGCUCUGCUCUGCUCUAGUCUGCGGAGACGUUUUUUUCCCCUCCCACCCUCUUAGUAUUAAUUUGAUUGCAACAUUGUAGAAGGUGCAAAUAAUGAAGAAAUGAUACGGUAUCCCAUAAAAAGCUUCUUUCGGGAUGUGAGGGAAACAGAGAUGCGCGCCUUGAUUGGAUGUUUGUGGCUGUUUUGCGCAUGUGGAUCUAACAAUCAACUUUCUCGGAGACUUUGUCAGCACCUGUUCUUCUGACGCCAACUAAAAAGGAGGCUGGACAUCCGCUUCAGCUUGGAGAACUUGGAUUAUUCUGAGGCUUCCUAAGACGCAUUUACUGAAGUUGAGGAUUUUGACCACCACCUCGAGGUAUGCUUCAAUACCCUCGGGAACAAGGAGCGAGAUCCCGGCUCCUUGCGUGGACUUUUGCCCUGUCCUGGUGCCUCUGCAGCGGAUCUGAGAGGAGAUGAAAGCCGCGGUCUAUCACCUCCUCGCCGGCUGCCUCUGCCUGUUACGCACCGCUGCUGAGGAGUCCCCCCUCCCCGAGGAGCUGCUGGAGCGCCUGUCCCGCAGCGAGAUCCGGAGCAUCAGCGACCUCCAGCGGCUGCUCGAGAUAAACUCCGUAGAGAACGAGGUGAUCGAGGAGACCAAACAGAGCUUCCACAAGGACUUCUCUCACAGUUUUCCUGAUCAGAAAAACAUUCACUCACACUCAAGACAAAGAAGAAGCACCGUGGUGGAAGAGGCUUUGCCCGCAGUUUGCAAAGUGCGCACAACCAUUUAUGAGAUCCCCAGAAGCCAGGUGGAUCCCACUUCAGCCAACUUCAUCAUUUGGCCUCCUUGUGUGGAGGUGAAGCGAUGCACUGGCUGCUGCAACACAAGCAACAUGAGGUGCCAGGUGGCGCGCAAACACCACCGAACUGUCAAGGUGGCAAAGGUGGAGUACAUACGGCGGCGGCCAAAGCUGAGGGAGGUGCACGUGAAGCUGGAGGACCAUGUAGAGUGCAUGUGCAUGAACAAACUCUUCAUCAAGCCCAAUGCAGACACAGACAACGGUAUCAGGUGAGGGAAGGACACGUGAGUCUAAAGCACAAGAGGAACGAGUUGAAAACCUGAUGCAAGAAAGAACUGUCAUAACUUCUUUACCUUCCGACGAGUUCAGUGUUUUAUGGAGCGAAUGUUGGCACGAGAGCGACGAAAGGGCUGAUGAUGAUGACGACUCAUGUGAACCUCAACUCUAGAACCAAAUGAACAAACUCAGACAUGGAUCCAAAACUCUGACAAUUCCUCCAUGGGAGGAAAAAGCCUUUCUGAAAUAAAAACAAAGCUGACUUUGAUAUGUGAUGUCAAGGAACUCAUUAUGUGCAUCUUGCUCCUUCACAGAGGAUUAACCGCUCAGUGACUCGGAUUAGAAAACUGGCUCAAAUCUUUUCUUUACACAGUUCUCUGGAUUGAAAUUUGUACUCCAUUCCAAAAAAUG